AAUAGCUCAAACGAACACAUUUUGCCCAAACGAGCACACGGUUCUCUCCUUAACUGCUCCUAUCUUAACGGUCACUUCUCCACAAAAAUCACCACGAUCACCCAAAAAUGACGGAGUCACCCUCCCAAGGCGCCAACGAUGUUGCUACUACUACCACUAGCGUCCCCGAGAUCCCAAUUGAGAUAGUCACCGAAGAAGAGAUGGCUCUUAUUGAAGCAGCCUUGGCAGCAACUCGCUCCUCCCUCUCCUCAUCCGUUAUGCCUACAAUUUGUUCCCCUUCUAGCUCCUCUCUGUUUAUAAAUAAUGCCAGGUCAAUCCACUCUAUCACUUCCCUGUCGAAAAGGAGGGUUCCAGGUGGUUGUGGUGAAUCUGAUAUUGAGGAUUUGAGUGAUUUGAGGAGUACCCAGAAGAAGAAUAGGGUCGCUGAGUCAUUAUUUCAUAGAUUUAGACGGAGGAGGGGUUUGUCUGUCACCGAUAUCACUUCUGCGGAGUGGUGCGAAAAACAAACGGAGUUUGGUCUUCUAUUAGGCAAAAUCAAAAUCAGCAAAGCUAUGAAAGCAGGCCAUGAGCGCCAUGUAAAACUGGAACAAGAGCAGGUUGUUAGAAGAGUUAAAAUUAGUGUUGAAUCAGCUGAAGAUGCAUGGGCUCUGAAGUUCAUAAAUUUCAUAACUGGUGCAAAUCAAUUAUUGUUUGAGGGACUAACACGUGAGCUUCCACUGGUAGGGUUUGCAGGUGGUGUAUGGAUGGUGGGAAUAGUUGAUGAAAUCCGAAUGCCUGAGGGAGAAAAUAGAAACCCAAUACUAGUGGACACAAAAACUCGUGUUCAAGACACCCGUCCUGCUGAGCCACAAAGGAGAAAUGGAAGGCUACAAUUGAUGUGCUAUAAACAUUUGUGGGACAAUUUAGUUGCUGAUAAAUUCUCCUCCAAAGAUUUUUUUGAUUUCUUUUCCUUGAAUCCAUACUACAUCUUGUCUAAAGAUAUCAGAGAGAAUACUGCUAAAGCAGGAAUCCCGGCAAAGACCCUUGAUGACAUAGUGAGAUGCUACAGGAAUACGUGCAGCAUGCUUCUCCCUGCUGACAACCAGAUGUUAUUGAGAUAUGAACUUCAAAAAGACAACUCUGUGAUUGGUGAAGAUCAAUUUGCAUAUGAUCCUGAUUGGCUCAAUAGUCAAAUUCAGGGAUUUGUGGAAUUCUGGCUGGGUGAAAGAGAAGCCAGUUUCACUCCAGAGGAAGAGCGUUGGAAAUGCCGAUUUUGUCAAUUUGCUUCAGUAUGCCCAGUAAACACCAUUUCUGGUGCAUCAAGCCCUGUAAAGAGUAACAGUCCUAAUAGUAGUCCAAGCUAGGAGAAGAUGCCAACUUUCAUUCUUUGGGAUUGUUUGAAGCAGCAGUCUCGUCAAUAAUUAUUUACACCUCGGCAUACAAGCUCCUGCAAAGAUGCUACAUAUUUUCUAAGCUUCUUUGAAGCAUGUCCUCUGCCUUUAUGUGUUAGUGUUGUGUAUUUAUUGAUGUAAGAAUAUUUGCUUUAAGCUUCCAUUAUCCAUUGUUGUAAAGUAGAGUUGUUAUUUAAUAAUGUUGUUAGAUUCAAUUGUUAUUUAACAACAGUUCAUUCUAAAAUAGAUGAUUGUUCAGCUUAUCUCCA